AUGCUAGCCGUAAGACCUCUGACAGAACUGUCUAAAGUAUUCACGUAUAGAUCUGUAAACUUAUGGCGUGCGUACGCACGUGUGUUUCUGAAAAGACGACAGAAAGUUUUUGUGGAGAGAUGGCUGCAGACGACGUCGUUUAUAUCAACUCCCACAUCUUCACAGGAAAGUCGACCGCAGAAAGCUGCAUUUUAUGUGUCUACUCCGAUAUUCUAUGUCAAUGCAUCUCCUCACAUUGGCCAUCUCUAUACUGCAUUAGUUGCUGAUUCUGUGGUAAGGUGGAAGAGACUCAAAGGCAGUCAGACAUUCUUUGCCACGGGAACAGAUGAGCAUGGAUUGAAGGUUCAACAAGCAGCUGAGAAGGCUGGUGUGGCACCCAAAGUUUUCUGUGAUGAGGUCUCCGACAAGUUUAAGGACCUGUUUAAGAAGAGUGAUAUAAACUUCUCCACCUUUGUUCGUACAACGGAUGAAAGUCAUGUGAAGGCUGUACAUCAGUUAUGGAAUGUACUUGAUGAGAAAGGAUUCAUCUACAAGGAUUUAUACAAGGGAUGGUAUUCUAUUUCUGACGAAGCUUUUGUUUCUGAUAAUGAUGUAGUUGACGUUACAACAAAGUCAGGAGAAACACAGAAGGUCUCUGCGGAGAGUGGUCAUCCUGUGGUGUGGAUGGAGGAAGAGAAUUACAAGUUCAGACUGUCGCAGUUCAAGCCUCAGCUCCAGCAGUGGAUAGAUACAGAAGUGAUACAACCUCCUCAGUUCAAACAAGUUGUGCAAUCCUCAUUAGAAAACCUGACUGACUUAUCUGUGACUCGCAGCAGUGACCGAGUGUCCUGGGGUAUUUCCGUACCAAAUGAUCCCAGUCAGAAGAUCUAUGUAUGGUUGGAUGCCCUCACAAAUUACCUCACAGUAACUGGUUACCCUGGAGACGAAUAUUGCAGUGUUUGGCCUGCAGAUUGUCAUGUGGUUGGCAAAGAUAUUCUCAAGUUCCAUGCAGUUUAUUGGCCAGCCUUUCUGCUAGCAGCUGGUCUUUCCUUGCCAAAGAAAAUCCUUUGUCAUUCCCAUUGGAGGGUGGACGGAAUGAAGAUGUCAAAGAGUCUGGGUAAUGUAGUGGAUCCCCUGGAGUGUAUGUCCAAAUACACUGUGGAUGGAGUCCGUUAUUUCUUACUAAGGCAGGCUACUCCUCAGAAAGAUGCUGAUUUUAAUGAGGGGAAGAUUGUCAAGGUAAUCAAUAGUGAGUUGGUGAACACUAUAGGAAAUGCUUUGAACAGGAUUACUAGUAAAUCUCUCAAUCCAGAACAACUCUUCACCAAUCCAUCAACAGAUGCCUUGUUGACUCGCUUCACAGACGAGGAUCGUCACACUUUAGAGGAGCUUUAUGGACUAGCAGAUCGAGUGGAUAGAUUCUAUGAAGAUGGCAAUGUGUACCUAGUAUUACAGACACUGAUGACCUAUCUUUUCUGGCUAAAUAAACUGAUCGAUGAUCAUAAACCUUGGAUUUUAGUGAAAACUGAAAGUGAGAAGGAGCAUUUAGAAACAGUGAUUUACAUCGCCAUGGAGACACUACGAGUUUGUGGAAUUUUAAUACAACCAGUGAUUCCUGCAUUCUCCUCAAGACUUUUAACAAGAUUAGGGGUGCCUGACAAUGAAAGAGACGUGGCACAUUCAAAGGUUAAAGUUCAAUCAGCAACAUCUGAAUCUAAACGGAUGCUGAAUCCAUUAGAAUCUGUACUGAUACAGCGAAUAAAACAAAAGUGACCAGAUUGCUGAGGUUUUAGAGUAUGUUACAGGAAAAUAAAACUUGAAUAUUGUUGAUAAAAUCA